ACAAAACGAGCCAGGGCAGGCAGGGGCAGCGCGUGGGGCGACGCGAGAGUGGGAAGAGCGGGGCGGGAGUCCAGCCCCGCUGGAGAGAGGCAGAGCCACCGUACGCGCCCAGGGGGCCGGGGCCGGGAAAAACGGCUCGGCUGCGGCUGGCAGGAAGCCCGUGCCGAGCCGCGCGGAGGGCGCCCGGGGGCGGUGGGCGGGGAAAGGGCGGAGACUAAGACCGAGCUCCCGCCCCGCGCCUCCCGCGGCAGUCCUCAAACAGGUCGGCUCCCCGGCAAUAUACCGCAGCUCCGCGGCUCUGGUGGCGUCCGUGUCAGCCUUCAGGUAGUGCUACCAUGUCUGGCAGAGGCAAGGGCGGAAAGGGGCUCGGCAAGGGGGGCGCCAAGCGCCACCGCAAGGUGCUGCGCGACAACAUCCAGGGCAUCACCAAGCCGGCCAUCCGCCGCCUGGCUCGCCGCGGCGGUGUCAAGCGCAUCUCGGGGCUCAUCUACGAGGAGACGCGCGGCGUGCUUAAAGUCUUCCUGGAGAAUGUGAUUCGCGACGCUGUCACCUACACCGAGCACGCCAAGAGGAAGACGGUUACUGCCAUGGACGUGGUGUACGCCCUCAAGCGCCAGGGUCGCACUCUCUACGGCUUCGGCGGCUAGGCUUUAAUCUUAAACAUUACCCUUUUAGAAUACAAAGGCUCUUUUAAGAGCCACCCACAAAUUUCACUACGAGAGCUGAUUAUUACUACAGAACUAUACAACGGAAAGUUAUAGCUCUAAAUCAUGCAAUAUUUUCGGUUUAAGGCAAUGUAGUGUUCUGCCAUGUAUAUGCUAUGAUUAAAGCAAUUUCAGCUG